AAAUAGCCUCAAUGGCACGGCCCAUGCUGUCACAGACGCUUUAAUGGCACAGAUAGAUCUGGCUUUUCAGAGGUUUAUCACCUUGCCAAAGCAACGAUGAUUCCUGUGUUAGCUCGGAACUAUGCUAUGCGUAGGAACCAUCGACUUAGCUUCUGUUUCCACCGACCACUAUUAUCAGAUGGACCUGUACUCCUACCGGUUGAAACAAGUUUUCACUUGACAAGGAAACUAACUCCAAAAAAUAAAUUCAGUCUACAAAUCAAAGUGCGAUAGUGUGGAGCUAACUUAAUUGGUAAAAGUACCGAUAUUUGUAAGAGAAUAAUGCCUAACCAGUCCGUUUAAUUAACUAGCUGUCGUUAACUUCCUGCAAACAUGGCGACUGUAACUCGAGCAGCACCGCUCCGGAUCCUGUGCAUACACGGUUACCGACAGAACAGCGGCUCGUUUCGCGAGAAGACUGGGGCCCUACGGAAGCUCCUGAAGAAGUAUGUGGAGCUGGUUUACAUGAGUGCGCCUCACCGGGUACCGCAAACAGGCGACGCCCAAGGGAAGGAGAAUGAAGUGGGCCCUGGAGGUGACGAGGCCCCCAGGGGAUGGUGGUUCUCUGACAUCCAGGCUCGGAGCUUCGAUGCCGGGCAGCAGUGUCAGGCGAGCCUGGGGCUUGAGGAGAGUGUGGAGGCCGUGAGGACAGCAGUGAAGGACCUGGGCCCGUUUGACGGUGUGCUGGGGUUCAGCCAGGGCGCUGCUCUAGUUGCCAUGCUCUGUUCUAUACAGGAGCAGAAUCUAGAACCACAAUUCCAGUUCCGCUUCGCUAUCCUGGUGGCCGGGUUCCGGAGUGCUUGUUCGGAACACCAGCGGUUCUAUGGCGGCCCUGCUCCGCUCGUCAUCCCGUCCCUGCACGUCUUCGGACAGGAAGACCAGGUCAUUUCUGAUAGGAUGAGCCGGGAGCUCCUUCCCCUGUUCCAGGAGCCUCAGGUGCUGACUCAUCCUGGUGGCCAUUUUGUGCCAGCGGCCUCGGCACACAGACAGACCUAUCAGGAGUUUCUCAAGAGGUUUCAGUAGGGGAAGGAGAAGCAUGGAAACUAUUCCAUCCUAGAAGUUUCAGAGGAGGUAAAUGUCUGAAAAUGAAGAGCAUAACUUCAUGUGGAUGUUGCUCAUCCAAAGACGAGUCACUUUUUGGAGAAUGUUGAUUUAAGUUAACACCGUUAUCUUGUGUAUCCAGAAAUUGUAAAAAUAUUUUAUUGGAAAGCGUCUUUAAUUUUCAUACAAUGUUAGUUGGCUACCACAGUAACAAAAUGACUGCAUAUCAAUUCUAUUGUCAUUCUCAGGGGGGGGUAUAACAUUUUUGUUGAAAAAUAAAUUCCAAAAAACAUUGACAUUUA